AGCGCGAUCGUCCGUGAGAGUACUCGUGGGCAACGCAAACCAAAAAGAAACCCGAAACCCAGCCACCCGAUUCCGGAAAAUGAAGACGUUAAGAACGUGCUCAGCGGUGCAAGUGCUUGCCUCGGUGGCCCUGCUGCUAACAGUCGCAAGUGCUCUGCCGCAACGUAGCAACUCACCUACGCCACGGAUUGCCGGCGGUGAGGAUGCGGCCGACGGUCAGUUUCCCUUUCAGGUGGCACUCAUCAACGAGGGGCUAGUGUACUGUGGCGGAACCGUGCUCAACCGGCGCUGGGUACUGACGGCAGCGGCCUGUAUUACCGGAAAAGCACUCUCGGAUGUGCAGCUGUUCGUUGGCAGUGCCGACCGGCUUACCGGUGGCCGUAACGUGACCGCGGAACGAUUCGUUCUCCAUCCCGACUUUGACUCGCAAACGUACGCGAACGAUAUUGCGCUGGUACGGCUGGUGGAGUCCCUCUCGUUCACCGGCGAUCAGCUACAGCCGAUCCCGCUCGGCACGGAUUUCUUCGAAACGGCUACGAACGCAACCGUAUCCGGCUGGGGUCGAUUCUCGAUUUCAAACAAUCAGCUCCCGUCCCGUCUGCAGUUCAUCCAGACGGACAUCAUCGACAGCGACCGGUGUGCGGAUGAGUUCGAGGAGCCGUACCGCAGCCGAAUCUCCGACCGUACCAUCUGCACCAGCAACCAGCCCAACCAGGGCGUCUGUCUGGGCGAUGCCGGCGGUCCACUCGUGCUGGACGGUGUCCUCGUCGGUGUCCAGUCCUGGAGCAUCCCGUGCGGGAUGGGAUUGCCCGAUGUGUACGAGCGCGUAUCGCACCACCGGCCCUGGAUUCUGGCCAUCACGCUGCUGUAGAUGGGGGGUGGAGUUCAUCUUCCACGGAGAGAAGCGUAGGUUAAGUGGUUAAGUUCUCUCUAUAUCGGUGCAAUGGCUGGUUCGUGCACUCUCGUUAGGGCGCGAAUCGCAAUCGUCCGUAAGCGGUACAUUCGUCAAUAAAAUACAUACACUGUGCGUUUGACAGGA